AUGCCUCUUCUCAGAUUCACGCUUAGCGAGGAUGGCGUCGGAGCUCUGCGUGAUGCAUUGGCAUGCCUGAAUAAGUUCAGCGAAGAGGUCUCCUUGGAAGCGACAAAAGACAAGCUUGAUCUCACUGCCAUGAACUCAUCCAAGUCAGCAUAUGCCAAGGUCUCAUUUGCCACCAAUCGUUUCUUCUCAAAGUAUCACUUUGAAGGGGCGGCCCAAAACAGGAACAAGUUCUUCUGUAAGCUAUAUAAUCGGGCACUCCUGUCGAUAUUUCGAGCUCGCAGUGGAGACCCUUUACAUGAACAUGACAAGAAUACUACCAUAGAGCGAUGUGAUGUAGCUGUUGAGGACGAUUCUGAAAAGGCCAGCAGGUUCGUUGUCAAGAUUAUAUGCAGGAAUGGCAUGACCACCAAAUAUCGCCUGCCCUUCGAGGUCACCUCUCCCGUUCAUGCAAUAUUCAACUCGGAAGAGGCUACCAAUCAUUGGUCUAUGAGCUCUCGAACUCUGCGGCAGUUAAUGGACCAUUUCGGUCCUGGGAUCGAAUAUCUUGAUAUUCAUGCGGAUGAUGACCAGACAGUCAACUUUACCUGCUAUACCGAAAAGAUUGCAAAUGGUGAUGAGGUGUUGAAGAAGCCUUUACACACAUCGAUAGCCGUGGAACGAGACGAAUUUGACGACUUUGAGGUCUCGGAAGACAGCGCCCACGUUGUAAUUAGCGUCAAGGACUUUCGCGCCAUCACACAACAUGCAUCGCCUCUCAACAGCGAGAUGACUGCAAGUUAUUCCUCGCCAUCACGGCCUAUGCAGCUGAGCUACAGAGGUGACGGUAUCAAGUGUGAAUUUCUGCUCAUGACGGUUGGUGACCGAGCCGCCCCUGGCCAGAAAGGAAGAAAGGGGAAGGCCAACGCCAAGGGACCAAGACCUCCACAACUUGAAGCUGGCGCUGGCAGCCGCGCAUCUUCUCGCGCGCCCAGUGCACCUCAACCCUCUGUAGAGCAUGUAAGACGGGAUCGACCGAUGCCUCCACUCCGUCCGUCAAACUCAAGGCUUUCCCAACGCCCCCCUCCGCCAGCUUUCGAUGAUGAUGAUUCCCUAUUCGUUGCCCAACCCCAGGACAACGAUAACCAAUGGGAACCUGUAAAUCUCAACGACGAGGAUGAGGAAGAGCAAAGUGCUCGAUUGGAAUGGGAUGCCAGUGCACAACCAACUCCGUCAGCCACGAGAAUGAGACUCAGUACGGCUCGAGAAACGAGUGGUGGCAAUACCGCGGCCGGUAGAGACCCUGGCGGCACACCUGAUCCAUCAGAAUUUGAGCCUACCCAACGUUUGUCGGACGUUCGAAAAUAUGGUCUCUUUGGCGAGUAG